AUGUUUCUCGCCCGCCUUCGCAACAGUAAUUUUGCUGUGACUUCAUCUAGUUUGAUAGGUCGCUCUGCACGCACCUUCUCCAUCCAAAGCGCGCAGCUUGAGAAACCACUCCCACCCAGAAUCGUGAUAUCCGAGAAAGAUAUCAUAGAAUCCUUCUUGAAGGGCAGUGGUCCUGGCGGCCAGAAGAUCAACAAGACGUCGUCCGCGGUACAGUUGAAGCAUAUUCCCACGGGCAUUGUCGUCAAGAACCAGGCGACUCGCAGCCGAGACCAGAAUCGCAAGAACGCCAGGCGGAUAUUGGGCGAGAAGUUGGAGGAACUCGAGCAGACGCCACGAUGGGCAGCGACGGAAGUGAAGAGCGAGAAGAUUCGGAGGAAGAAAGCGAGUGCGGCAAAGAAGUCGAGGAGGAAGUAUCGGCAGCUGGACGAGGGCAUUGUGUUGCCUGAGGCAGAGGCUGAGGCAGCGGAAGAAGAGAAGAAGCAUGAUGCGGUGAAUGCAGGAGCAGGAGCAGGAGCAGUGAAUAAGGAAGGCACGAGUGUGGAAGUGGAAGGAACGAAUUCGCAAGACACUCGCGUUGGCUCCGAUGGCGCUGGAUGAGCGACGCCUCCUGUUUCUCACGCCUCGACCACUUUCCAUGGACAACAUCACGACACGAACCACAUCCAACAAGCCACAUUGGACACCUCGAGCAAUAUGGCGUCCGAGAACAUGUUCAGCAUGCGCGUUCAGACUUUGGCGAACGCGAAGAUGCUUCUCAACCCACGCGUCGCCAGCAACCUUUCAUCGAACGACUCUACCACUACCCUCAAUGGCACUGUCACUGACGGCGCUCUGGACAUCGUCGUCUUCGGACGAGGCUCCGAAUUCGUCGCCGCGGUCAUGGACGGGCCCACACCUGCCAUCGAAGGCGAAGCUGGAGCCACUCCAGAAGUCGCCAUGCGCAAGUGUCUUAUGACGACUUGUGAGCUUCUAAAAGAGUACCUACCCAAAGUCGGUGAACAUCACCGCAACGUUCCUGGAGGGGGCGUGUUCAAGGCCGAUAUCAUCUCCAAGGCCUGGACCAAGUAGGCCGGGGAGCUCGAGGAAAUGAGAAAGGUGGCGUUCAUUCGGGAGCGUCUCACUGCCUCUUCGCGAUCAAGGAGGCGACAGGAAUAGACGCGCACAGCUACUGCGAACGAUUCGGAGCUUGCAACUGUUUUCAGAAAAGCGGGAGACACUCGGCUCGUUUUGCAUCUAGAUUCCUAGCCUAGUGUCGUGUGUGCUCCAACAGAGCGCAUUCCUACCCAACCUACCUACCUUAGGUAUAGAACAAACAUGAAACACAC